AUGUCACUUUUGUCAUACAGUAUUAUUAUGCUACGUGUCUUAGGACUGUGGUAUCCAGAUGAUGAUAAUAUAUCUAAAUGGAAAAAGAGAAUUUAUAUGAUUUAUACAUUUUUAUUAUUUUUAAUUAUGUAUACAUUUACAUUAUCACAAAUAAUAGCAUUGUCCAGUUGUAUGAAUGAUGCAAAUGAAUUUACAAAUGCAACAUUUAUGUCAUUGACAAUGUUAGCUGCAUGUGUUAAAAUGUGGAAUAUGAUAACUCAUCGUAAAACUAUUUAUAAUAUGAUUAAAAUUUUGGAAAAUAAUACAUUUAAAAUACGUGAUGAUCAUGAGUUGAAAAUACAAAAUGAACAACACCGUCGAAUUAAAAUAUUUACAAUUGUGUACGGGUUAUUAAUUGAGUCAACAGUAUCAAGUUUUACAAGAGCUUCAAUUAUUCGUGAUAUACCAGAACGAGAUUUACCUUUUAAAGCUUUGUUACCUUACAGUUUGUCAUCAUCAUUUGCUUACUGGUUUUCGUAUAUUCAUCAAACUAUUGCUCACUACUAUGGUGCAAGUAUUAAUGCAGCAAUUGAUGCUCAUUUUGCUUCUUCAUUGAUAGCAACUUGUGGUCAAAUUAAAAUUUUAAAAUAUCGUUUUCAAUCAAUGCAUCAAAUAAUUGAAAAAAUCAAGAUACUAAAUAAUGAAAGUAGAGAAAAAUUGAAAAAAAAACUUUUAAUUGGUUGCGAGAUACAUCACUUGGCUAUUUAUCAAUUUGCAAAAACAACAAAUAAUACGUUUAAAAUUCCAAUAUUUAUUCAAUACUUUGCAAGUGCUUUGGUGCUGUGUGUUAGUACAUUCAGUUUGUCGCAAAUAGAACCAUUAAGUACAGAAUUCAUAUCAUUAUUUAUGUAUUUAAUUUGUGUAUUAACUCAAAUAUACAUAUACUGUGAUUGUGCCACCGAUGUCUAUUUCGAGUCUGAUAGUAUUAGUACUAGUAUUUAUAAAUCUAAUUGGACAUCACUUUCUGUAUCUAAUCAAAAAAGCUUAAUAAUAAUUAUGGCACGUACUCUGAAACCAAUUAAAUAUACAAGUGGAUACAUUGAACUGUCUCUUACUUCUUUUAACAAUCUUUUAAAAAUGUCUUAUUCUAUAUAUAAUGUACUCAAAAAACCAGGAUAA